AAUACAUCUAAAUUAUGUCACAAAUUCACAAUAGUCACUAUACCUAGUGAACUCUAUACCUAAGCUGAAUGCAGCUAAGAUACAGAUAAGGGACUGGCCUUAUAGUGCCUUAUUAACUUAGAACUUUGUAACUAUUCUGUACGUGGGGUUGAGUGCAGCUAGCUACAUUGGAUAAGGGCUAUGCGGGUCAAAGGGAUAACCACGCGUUGCGUCUUUCUCUCAAGGGUCGCGUACAUACAUUAUUGCAUCCACUUAGUUACCCUACCAACGCGGAGCAAGCCCCUCCAUAUUUCACAAAUAAGAUCUCUCGAGUCCCUGUCAACUUUUGUGCUCGCAGACGAGCCAAGGUGAUAUCAGAGUAUUAACAAAUCACAUCACAAUGGACCGCGGAUCGAUCUACUCUGCGCACGUCUACGAGCCGAGUUUCGGUGAGAAUAGAGAUACUCGCCUACAGCUUCAAACGCAGCUCGAAACCUUCAUCCUUGACUUUCGGCUUGACAACAACUUUGUCUACAGAGAUCAACUACGAGAGAACGCACUGCUAAAGAGGUACUACUGCGAUGUCAACAUCAAUGACUUGAUCGGCUUUAACGAGGAGUUGGCGCAUCAGUUGACAUCUGAGCCAGCCGAGGUCAUCCCUUUGUUCGAAUAUGCUUUGAUGAAGUGCACCCACCGCAUUGUCUUCCCUCACGAGCCCAAAGUCGAGAUCCCCAAGCACCAGCUCCUUCUUCAUUCCAACGCAGACGAUGUGUCCAUCCGCAAUCUCGAUUCGAUGGCUAUUGCUCGAUUGGUCCGGGUACCAGGUAUCGUCAUCGGUGCCUCCGUUAUGUCCUCAAAAGUAACAGAACUUCAUAUACAAUGUCGAAAUUGCGGACACACACAAGCCAUUCCUAUCUUGGGUGGAUUCACUGGUGUCUCUCUGCCCCGACAAUGCGCUCGUAGCAGAAUUCCCAACGAUCCCACGCCAAAGUGCCCCUUGGAUCCGUACUUUGUCGUACACGAGAAGUCACACUUCGUCGACCAGCAGAUCAUCAAGCUUCAGGAAGCGCCUGAUCAAGUCCCUGUUGGAGAACUGCCCAGACAUGUUCUCAUCUCAGCCGACAGAUACCUAACAAACCGGGUCGUUCCGGGAUCGAGGGCAGUUGGAAUCCGGUCAGACAUUGAUCAAGCAGCCAAGGGCAACGCCACUUUCUCAGAGGAGGAAGAGCAAGAAUUCUUGGAGCUGAGCAGACGGCCAGACAUUUACAAUGUCAUGGCUACUUGUAUCGCUCCUUCAAUUUACGGACACCAGGACAUCAAGAAGUCAAUUCUCUGCCUCCUGUUAGGUGGCUCAAAAAAAAACCUCCCUGAUGGCAUGAAACUUAGAGGCGAUAUCAACGUACUACUUCUCGGUGAUCCUGGUACGGCCAAGUCUCAACUUCUAAAGUUUGUCGAGAAGGUAGCACCCAUCUCUAUCUACACCUCCGGAAAAGGUUCAUCUGCCGCUGGUUUGACAGCGUCCGUCCAGCGUGAUCAGUCUACCCGCGAGUUCUAUCUUGAAGGUGGUGCUAUGGUUCUGGCCGAUGGUGGAGUAGUGUGUAUUGAUGAGUUUGAUAAAAUGCGAGCUGAAGACCGAGUCGCUAUCCACGAGGCCAUGGAACAGCAAACCAUUUCCAUCGCCAAGGCCGGUAUCACCACCAUUCUCAACGCACGAACAUCAGUCCUGGCUGCUGCCAAUCCAAUCUUUGGUCGAUACGAUGACAUGAAAACUCCUGGAGAGAAUAUCGAUUUCCAAACCACCAUCCUGUCGCGUUUCGACAUGAUUUUCAUUGUCAAGGAUGAUCAUAGCCGCGAGAAGGACGAGAAGAUGGCCAAGCACGUUCUUGGUAUCCAGAUGAAUGGUCGGGGAGCCGACGAAAUGGUCGAGUCUGAGAUCCCUAUCGACAAGAUGCGAAGAUAUAUAACCUACUGUAAGACUCGCUGCGCUCCUCGACUCAGUCCCGAAGCAGCUGAGAAGCUCUCCUCUCACUUUGUCUCUAUCCGUCGCCAAAUCCACGACUCCGAAAUAGAAGCCAACACCCGCUCCUCUAUUCCCAUCACAAUCCGUCAGCUGGAAGCUAUCGUGCGUAUCACCGAGUCUCUUGCCAAACUCACCCUCUCUCCCGUCGCCACCGAGGCGCACGUUGAUGAGGCUAUCCGGCUAUUCCUAUGCUCUACCAUGGACGCGGCCAACCAGGGCAGCAACCAGGGUAGCCGUGAGUUGAAUGAUGAGGUGAACCGUCUCGAGAAUGAGCUCAAGCGCCGUCUACCUAUAGGAUGGAGCACAAGCCUGUCCACACUACGGAGAGAGAUGGUAGAGGGUAGGGGUUACAGUGAGCAGCCGUUGAAUCGAGCACUGAUGAUUCUCCAGCGAAGAGACAUAGUCAUGUUCAGAAAUCAGGGAGCACAGGUCUAUCGAAAUGGAGCUUAAUCAGGGAAUUAUUAUGAUGUAAUAAUGUAAAGGGAUUGGUUGGUCAUUCUAAGUAGCCGUCUUGAUGAUGGAUGGGUUAAUGAGUAACGAGAACGAAAUCAUCAC